ACUGUUACAGAGACACGCGAGGAGAAGGAGAAAUACAGAGGCGAUCAAGAGCCAGAGGCGCACCAGCACUACUUGUGGUACGGGUCGGGUAUUGACAGCCCCACCAUCUUAAUCUCGCGGCCAUUUAUGGAGUCAGCUGCAAGAUUUUCUGCUAUCUUCGUCGUCCUCUUCGUUCUCGUUGGCGCCCUUAUUUGCACGCGGCUGCUUAACUACAAUACAGAGACUCUACUUGGAGCUAUUUCAGGUCAAGCCAGAACAUCCCAAUCGUACCCUCACAAAACCGGUGAAAUUCCCAAGAAGCCCCGGGGCAAAUUGGAAAUUCCACUCAACUGCCCUGCUUACGACCUCAGGGGAACCUGCCCCUCAAACUAUCCUACCACAUUCCACCCGGAGCAAAAUCCUGAGCGUCCAUCACCACCCACGUGUCCGGAAUACUUCCGUUGGAUACAUGAAGACCUGAGGCCAUGGGCCCGCACGGGGAUCACAAGGGAAAUGGUUGAGCGGGCCAAUCGUACGGCCAACUUUAAGUUCGUAAUCGUGAAUGGCAAGGCUUACGUGGAGCAAUAUGAGAAGGCGUUUCAGACCAGAGACGUUUUUACGGUGUGGGGGUUUCUACAGUUGUUACGGAGGUAUCCAGGACAGGUGCCUGAUUUAGAGCUGAUGUUUGACUGCGUUGACUGGCCAGUCAUUCCAUCCCACGAAUAUAGCGGGCCCAACGCCACGGCCCCACCACCGUUGUUUCGCUAUUGUGCGGAUGACAACACACUCGAUAUUGUCUUCCCCGAUUGGUCCUUUUGGGGUUGGGCUGAAAUAAAUAUAAGGCCAUGGGAGGUUUUGUUCGAGGAACUAAAGGAAGGCAACAAGAGGAAGACCUGGCUAGAAAGAGAACCUUAUGCUUAUUGGAAGGGAAAUCCAGAUAUUGCUGAAACCAGGCAAGACCUCAUCAAAUGUAAUGUUUCUGAGGAACAUGACUGGAACGCUCGCCUUUAUGCUCAGGACUGGGAUCGAGAAUCGAAGGAAGGGUACAAUAAAUCAGAUUUGGCAAGCCAAUGCAUACAUAGGUAUAAGAUCUACAUAGAAGGGUCUGCUUGGUCUGUCAGUGAAAAAUACAUCCUGGCCUGUGAUUCUGUUACCUUGAUAGUAAAACCCCGUUACUACGAUUUCUUCACAAGACGUUUGAUGCCAGUAGAGCACUACUGGCCGAUCAAGGACGACGACAAGUGCAGGUCUAUUAAGUUCUCUGUUGAUUGGGGCAACACUCACAGGCGAAAGGCACAAGCAAUUGGAAAGGCAUCAAGUAAUUUAAUUCAAGAGGAGCUGAAGAUGGAAUAUGUGUAUGACUACAUGUUUCAUCUUUUGAAUGAGUAUGCAAAGCUCUUACAAUUCAAGCCCACCGUACCUAAAAAAGCCGUUGAGCUCUGCUCGGAGGCAAUGGCUUGCCAAGCAGAAGGAACAGAGAAGAAGUUUAUGCUGCAAUCUCUGGUGAAGGGCCCUGCAGUCAGUGAGCCAUGUGCAAUGCCUCCGCCUUAUGAUCCUUCAUCUCUUUUUGCGGUGCUUAGGAGAAAAGAAAAUUCCAUUAAACAAGUUGAAACAUGGGAAAGGAAUUACUGGGAGAGUCAGAGUAAGAAAUCAUAGAGAGGGUUUUUUUAGUUUAUGUAUACAAGUUAAUUACUUUUGAGUACUUACAGCUCAACUAAGUUUUUAUGUAUUAUUCAUUCCUUUCUGGAUAUUAUUAGCAGAAAGAUUUCCCACUAAGAAAAUCUAUCAGUAUUUUCUGUUU